AUGUUCCUGACGCACAGCGGCCUCACGGGCCGGAGGCAGCAUCUGACGGGCCGACGUCACAUCAACAACAAGAUUGAGUACUACCAGAUGCUGAUUCGUGAGAAGGGGCUCACUCCACCGAUCUACCCGCCACCACCAGGCAUGGUGCUCCCUAUGCCCAAGUUGCCAGCGGCAGCGGCGCCCAAGCCGGGCAUCGGCGGGAUUCUGCCUGGGAUGCUUCCCACCAUGCCGAAGCUGCCUGGGGCACUCCCAUCCCUACCUGGCAUGCCUUCCAUGCCCAGUAUGCCAGGAAUGAUGCCUGGUAUGCCCAAAAUGCCUGGCAUGCCUAUGAUGGCCUAG